AUGUCCCGGGGUCCAAAUCAAAUCAUCCACAGUGGGCACUUUAUGACCUCGAAUCUUCACGACGAACAGAUACAAGAAGAAGACGAUGAAGACGUGGAGGUGGAUGUGGUGGAGGACGACGAGAAGUCCACAGAAGCGACACAUAAUAAUAAGAAUAAGCAGUUGGAUGAGAAGCCAGUGACAUUUUAUAAAUUUGGUGUCGGAAAAACGCAGUCCAUUGCGAUUGAUGUGUCGUUGAACAAGCUCAACAAGUGUAUCAAGGUGGCUUAUAACAAGAUGACCACACCAAAAUGGAAGGAUUUCAAAGGUCUACGGCUACACUGGAAACAACGCAUUCGGCUGAAUAAUGUGAUUUGGAGAGCCUAUUAUAUCGAAUUCCGAAAAAAGCAGCCGGUGAAGCCGAAAAAGCCAUUCUGCUACUUCACAGUACCCGACGAUGAUACGACGCAUCAGAAAAUCGAAGGAUCCAUUGUAGAGGGGAUGUAUUGGAAGCGGAAGAUGGAGGGAGUCUGUGCACAGUAUAAGCGGUGGAGAAUUCGAUCCAAACAUAGUAUGAUUGCGGAAAAAGGGGGAAUGGUAUCAACGUGUUCAUCGACAAGUGUUAGCAGUAUGAGUGGGAAGAGGAAGAGGAAACAACCAUCCCUCAAAGAAGCACAAAACAGUUUGGCUCGAGUCUGCGAACCGCCAGUCAAACUGCAAAGGAGUCAGACGCCGAAGCAUACGAUAUCCGAUGAGUUCGCUUGGGAUUUAGACGACCUGGAUAAUGUGUUCACCGAUGACUUUUUGAAUUCAUUAAGUGAACCGUACAUGUUCCCCGAUCCGAGGGAUGUUUGUAAGUUUUUUUUUUCGAUUUUGGAAGGCGCGAUUUAUCUAAACUUUGCUUCAGACGGCGGUGGUAACAACGCGGACAUUAUGCAGCCAGGCCUUCUACCCUUACAACCCACUAUAGAGGAUAUUAUGAUGUCUUUGAGUGAUAUGCCAGACUCGCCACCGUUUCCUGGAGAGAGGGAUAGUAUGAGGACACCGAUUAACGAUCAACGACCGUCAACUUCGCAAGCACCACAGAUGAGAAGGUCGGCGUCGUCAUCAGCGUCGUUGCAUCAGAUGCAGGCCAUCCAACAGCAACCUCAACAACCCCAACAACAACCACCCCAUCAAAUCCAACAACCCGUCGCUCGUCCACCAACCCAAGAGUUCAUGGCCGCGCACUCUGUAGCAAUGAUGGAUUGUCGACUGAUGCCAACUCGACAGUCCUCAGCAAUCACCUCUCAGAUGCUAAUGCUAAGCCAAUCGCCAUCCACAUCAUCAUCCCAACCACAAUACGCCACUUCAUCUCAUUACAACAUGAAUCCUGCAUUUCUACCAGUCAGAAAUGUAAUGGGUCAGCAGCAUAUGACACAUCCACAGCACUGGAAUAAGCAGCAGCAGAAUAACUUUUUGGUCAAUUUUCAACAUCAAAACCAUGUCGAACGAAUCCUCAAUUCUCAACAACAACAAAUCCGCUCCAACAUCCUCCAGGUCCCUCAAAACGAUCCGUACAUGCCACAAUUCCUGCAAUCCUCCUCUACACCUCAACCAACUCCCUCAUCACAUGAUCCAAUGAUGGCGCCAUCGAGAUCCUGGUGGCUGGAUAGUCCACUGACAGCAAGUGUUCAGAGUCCACUAUCCAUUGCUACCCCACUCCCACUGACCAAUCAAACCGGGCCUUCAACUCCGUUAGACGGAUUCUUGCUGGGUAAUGGGUCCAGUGGAUUCAAGAAUUCAUCCAUACCAUCUGGAAUACCAACACUAUCCCAGCGAUUGGAACAACCACCGAUUCAAGCAGCUGGAGCUGGAAAGAUAUUUGCAUCGCUUACAUCUCAAAACACCCCGAUUCAAUCUCCACUCGACUUCUCUAGCCUCUCCAGACUCCGAACCACAUCUCUAGGGGAGCCCUGGAAAAUGGAACAAUCGCCAACGUAUCAAGCGCUGGCUGCAGCAGUAACCACAAAACCAUCUGUGUUGAGUAGCCCGGCGGACACUCUAAUCAGUCAACCACCAGCUUCGGUACCGCCCAAGAUCAUCGCCCCGCCCAUUAGGGAGCCAGAAGCUCCGCCUCCACCCAUCAUUGAUAGACAACAGUCGUGUGAUGUGAAACUGUUGAAUGGUAGUGGAAAGAUGGAACAGCAAGUGAUAAAGGCAGAAACAGAGAAGAUGACAACGAGACAAGCAAGUGCAAGCAUUUCGGCGGAGCAGACGAUGCCGAAAGAAGAACCACUUCCGAUGAGUGCUCCAUCGAGUGUGAAGUCUAUGAGAAGACAGGCUCCAGAUUCCACAUUACAUCCGGAGGAAAGAAAACGGAUUCUUCAUUUGCACGCCGAGCAGAAUAGGAGAAGUGCGUUGAAGGAUGGCUUUGAUCAGUUGAUGGAUAUUAUCCCUGACCUCUACUCGGGCGGUGUUAAACCCACCAACGCGGUAGUCCUCGCGAAAGCCGCCGAUCACAUCCGACGCCUUCAAAAUGACAAAUGGGAGAAAUCGCAGAAAAUCGAGGAAGCCAAGGCGAAAAUUGAGAAGCUCAAUCAGCGAAUCUCAUCGAUUCAAACUAAUCUUCCCCAAUCGAGCGCCCCAUCGACAUCCACUCAGAUUGACUCCAAAACUUCCCUGGAAACUUUCUUUGAUCGCUACGUCAAGGAUAGUGCCAAAAAGGACUGGCGAUUCUGGGUGAUGUCACAAAUGCUCAAACCGAUUUGUGUUACUCAACAGAACUCGUUUGCGGCUACGGUAGCUGGAGACUCGAGUUCGAGGAAUGAGGUCGCCGCGUCGUGCUCAGAUUGGAUCAAUAAGAAUUGGAAGGCGACCGAGUUGCGACCAUUGGCUAGUACACUUUUGGUCUCCCUUGCCACGAAUUCCAGCAUCCUCGCCGAACCGGAAACUCUACCCGACUAUGUAAUGCAGCAGUUGAAAAACCAUUUUUGA